UUUCACCAAAUUUUACGUUUGUACUUUGGAUGGUCAACUAGAAGGAAGCUAGGACGUUUUUCCACUCUUUUGAAAAAUUAUAUUUCUGGACUCGCGUGUCUUUGGUCUGUCUUCCGAGUUCUGAGGCAUUCGUGCCAUGCCCAUGCCGCGGCCGAUGCGAUCGAUGACACUUGGUUGGCUGUGACCACAUCCGUCUCGCUUCGUUUUACAGCGCCCUCUUUUUGAAUUUCCCGGGCAUCCGCGUCAUCGGUUCGAAAGUGAAUUUGGCGGAAUGGUGGACGAUGAUAGUCGUCGCACGUGCAUAACCUCAAAUAUUGUUUUGUUUAUGUUUUGGUUUUGAAUGUUUUCGUUGUGUGAUUUUGCGCUGGAGUGCUUCUUUUGCCUUUCCGAUCAGAAAAAGUUUUUUCGUACCUACUCAGGCUGGUUUAACUAAAUUACUCUACCAAACCUCUUGUUUUUUUACCCGCUGAGUUCCGAACUGAAGUUUUAGUAUGUCUCAAGAGACCUAAAGUUAUUCAUCACCUAUUGUGGUUUACCACUCUGUCGCAGGAUUACUGUGAGGAGGCAUAGCUGAAGGUUGAUUCAUGAUUCUAUCCUGGUCUUAGAAAAGAAAUUCUUCAAAAAUUGACCUCUUACCAGCCAUGGGGAAGGUGAGAACUGUUGAAAAUCUCAAAAGGAAGGAAAAAGGAGAAAAACACCGAUCGGAACAUCUGCCUUUUUCUGACAAAGAACCGCAUCAAAGUCUCAUCAAAACAUCGAAGAAGAAACAUUUGCCCCAGUCUUUACCAGAUGAUAAGUGCAGUACCAGGAAAAGAAUACCUAUUGUCUUGGAAGAUGAUCAAAAAAGAAUGCAUAAAAUUCGGAAGUUGAAUCAAACUGUCGUUUUUAAGAAGCGCCGUUUCUUACACUUAGCCAUUAGCAAAAUCACAGGCAAGCCAUUAGGCAGUGAGAAAGGAAAACAGAAAAAGAACACUUCUCAAAUGUACCCAAUUACCCCCUCAGAGGAAUCCAUGAAAAAAGUAAUGCGUAUGUGUAAAAGCAAUUAUGAUAAAGUCACUUGUCAAGAAACCAUUCCUUCGAUGAGCGGCAAAGAGUUGUCAUCCGCUAUGUGUCAUUUCAUGCUAAAGCACGAAUGGAACAAAGCUGCCCAGUGUUUGCACACAAUGAUACAGCAUGGUUGCCACACUGUGGGCUCAGAUGAUGCAGAAAUGAAAUCUCUCUUUGCUUUUGCCUUAAAUCACCCUGACAGGAAGCUUGACUUUCUUCUCUCAUUGGUGCCUGUAAUGUUGAAGAGUAAUGAUGAAGCUGACAAAAAGAAGUUUCUCGCGGACUUGUUACAUCUACCAGAAAAAUUGGAGUAUCCAUAUGUCUUCGAGGCAAAUGAAGUUUCUGAUACGAAAAAUCUAUCCACAUUCUUCAGGAACAAGAAAGGGAUCAAAUAUGACGGCUCUGAUUCUGACUAGGUUUUUCAUUCCCUGUACAAUGUUGU